AUGACUUUAGCGCUGACAAAACCCGGGUGGGUGAAACGCAGCCAUUUACUGUUUCCGGUGCAGGAAAGACUCGCCUGUCUAACCAAUGUCUCAGGCGAGUCCCCCGCCAAACCCUCGGGAGAGCAGACAAGCCUGACAGCCGCCGAAAAAUCAAAUAAAUAUAAAUUUAUUGUUUAUAUGUACUCAUUUAUACGUAAUAUCAAGGUCUUGGUAAUGGAGGUCAAAGGGUUAAGGUCACUGUCCGCCAAUAAGAUCGUCUACUGCACCAUGGAGCUGGAGGGCAGUGGCAAGCUGCAGACCGACCAGGCCGAAGCCUCUAAGCCUUGUUGGGACACGCAGGGUGACUUCACGACCAACCAGCCCCUGCCCUCAGUUAAGAUCAAACUCUGCAUGGAAACCCAGGGGCUGCUCAGUCUCGAUGAUAAGGAACUGGGAAGGGUGAUACUGAACCCCACUGUGACGACCCUGAAGAACCCCGAAUGGUGCGACAUGACCCCAGCCAGGAACUGCCCCGAUAAGAACCUGAAGAUCAAAGUGGCCUGCAAGAUGGACAAACCACAAAAUAUGAAGCACAGCGGGUGGGUAGCAGACCAAGACAAAACUUUGAAACACAGUUUGGAAGAAAUGGCACAGGCCGAUCCGUGCAAGUUCAACCAUUCAGAUCUAUUCAGCUCUGGUAGAUGGAGCAAUGGGUGGAGUAGGGAUGGAGAGUUGAAGAAGAAUCCAGAAGAGGUGCCUGGAAAACUUGAUGUGGUGGAGGGAUGGUUCAACCCGGGUCAAAUAUUUGUCCUGGAUGAAUACUGCGCCAGGUACGGUGUGAGAGGCUGCCACCGACACCUCUCCUACCUCUCAGACCUCCUUCACCACUCGGAGCAAGCUUUGAGUUUCGGACUGACAGUAUUCGAACCAGGAUUGAUGAUCGACCCAACGUUGAUGCAUUACAGUUUUGCUUUCUGUGCCUCGCAUACGCACGGGAACAGGCCAGACGGCAUGGGGACGGUGCUGCACGAGGAGAGGGAUCGAUUCCUCGACAUGAAGGAGCGCUUGAGGCUGCUGCUCGAGUAUCAGAUCACUAACUUCAGGUGGUGGUGGUGGUGA